AUGCCGUCAGUCGCACAGAAGCUGUACGCUGUACAUAUUGCCACUGCGUCAAGUGUACACCAUGCAGCGCAGUCCUUGGGAUACGGCGAACGGACCGUGCGACGUUGGGUCAUGGAGCAGGACAAACUACGCAACUUCAGUGGCUCCAAAGCCCGUCAGCGAAACACAGGAAUCUGUGGAGCAGUGCCCAUCAUACCAGACGCCCACGACCUCGUUAUUCACAUGAAAGAUAUCCGUCGUCAAGAGAUGGCUGUGACCUCUUCACACAUGCUGCAGUUCCUGCGCUCGAACCAUACCGACUACAUGUCGACACGCAAGACUGAGUACAAGUCGUUGAUAUGGCUACUCCAGCACUUCGCCGACCGCCAUGGCUUUUGCAAGCAGCGAAUUUGCAGGCAGAAGACGACACAGGUAGACCUUGAAGGAACGCGCCUUGAAUUCGGACGGUACUUCCACGACAAGUACCCUGGGAUGGCAAUGGAUACUGUUUACAACGCUAGCGAAACAGUGAUGUACUACGACAUGUGUCCAAGUACGAUUUGGGCUGUUUGA